AUACCCAAAGCAAGCCUUUAUUUUUAGUUGACAAUUGACCGCAAUAAAUAAAAUAUAAAAACUGUCCCCACAAAUUAUUUCUGAAUAUAAUGGCCGAGCCGGAUUAUGAAGAAUUUUCAUCAUAUCGCAAUUUUUUAAGCUGUUCCAAUGUCAAUGACUUGGAAUAUGAGGAUCGUUGCGACUAUGUUCGUAGCACACCGGAAUGCAUGGACAAGGGCUACUUUUUCAAUUACAUAAAAAUCCUCUACUGUUCGUUGGGACCCACAACGGAUGCGCAACAGAAUUGCUUUCUCAUCCUACUGAUGAGUAUGUGUGUCAUUAUGUUUGUGAUUUUGGGGACAACAGCCGAUAAAUUUUUUUGUCCCGCCCUGGAGGUUAUGUCAAAAAUCAUGGGCAUGAGUGAGCAUUUGGCAGGGGUAACUCUGUUGGCCUUUGGUAAUGGUUCGCCAGAUUUGUUUACCAACCUGGCCAGCGCCAAGGAAUCUUCUUCUACCCUGUUUUCAAAUAUGUUGGGCUCUUCGAUUUAUGUGACGGCAUUCAUUGGAGGUGUUAUUUGUUUGAUACGCUCCUUCCGUGUGGAUGGCAGCAAUAUUCUGAGAGAUACAUCUUUCUUCAUUUUUGGCAUUUUGUCCAUUGAUUUUAUAAUGAAAGAUGGCUAUGUCACCACAUGGGAAUCGGUUUGUUUGAUACUAAUUUAUGUUGUCUAUUUGAUAACCAUACUUGUGGAUCAAUAUCUGCUAAAGCGGCAAGUUUUAAGCAUGGAGGCAUUGGCCCAAAGUGGCAAUUUAUCUGCCGAGGCAUAUAAAAGAUAUUCGAAAUUGCACCAAGAAGCCAAUAUUGAUAUUGUCCAUCGACUGUCCCACACUUCUGUAGAUAUUGAAGGAACCAGACAUUCAUUCGAAUAUGUCGCCCAAUCUGAUCCAAAUGAAAAUCUAUGGCAACAAUUGCGCGAUUCUUUGAAACCCUUCGAAAUGGAUGAAUGGCAUUCUUCAACGGGCUGCCAGAAGACAAUGCUGUGCCUCAAGACUCCAAUCUUAUGUACCCUACAACUUUUCUUGCCCAUAGUCAACUAUGAGAGUGAACGGCAUGGAUGGUCGAAAUUGUUGAACUGCCUGCAAGUGGUCAUGUCGCCAAUAGUUAUGUUUUUGUUAAUAUGUGGUCUGAAUUGUUGGAAAUACUGUUUGUACAGUCUCGGCAUUACCAUACCACUUAGCAUUGUGUGUUUCAUGUACACCCGAACCGAUGAGCCCCCGAAGUUCCAUGCGGUUUUUGCUAUACUCACGGCACUCGGUUCUAUGUGCACCAUCUAUUCGUGCGCUGCCGAAACCGUGGAGAUUUUAUAUGUCCUGGGUCUGAUACUGGACUGUAGCAAUUCGUUUUUGGGUUGCACUCUCUUGGCGUGGGGCAAUGGUGUUGGCGAUUUGAUAUCGGAUGCCACCUUGGCAUUUCAUGGCUAUCCUCGAAUGGCAUUUGCAGCCUCAAUUGGUGGACCAUUUUUCAAUACACUUCUGGGCAUUGGUUGUGUAAUGCUGUUAAAGAACUUGUACGGCAACACCGGCUAUGAACCUCUCCCCUCCGGCCCAUUGGGCGAAAACUGUUUCGUUUUUCUCCUCCUCGUAUUAUUUUCAACACUCCUCUGGUCGGUGACAACGAAUUUCCACAUUCGUCGUUGCAUUGGUGUCUUCAGUGUCUGUCUGUAUGGCCUGUUCUUCCUCUACACCGUCUUGGGGGAAUGUGAAGUUAUACAAACUUAUGCAGAAAUAAGUCAAUAUGGCACCGAAUGAUGAUGACCCAAAAACAAACUUUGUAUUGAUAGUAUUUUGUUAUUUAUAGUGCUAUUUAUCUAUCGUUGUUGCUGUUGCUAUUGUUAUUGAUAAUUAAUAUUUGUUGCCUUUUCGGUAUUUAUUUCCUCAAACAAAAAGAAAGAAAAACAAUGUCAAUGACCUACAAAAUGAAUUGGUUGUUGAAUAAAUAUUUAAAAAUGG